AUGACUCUUCAGGAAAUGGUGAAUCAGGCAGCUCGCCUGUACUCUGAUAGAAAAGCAGUUUGGUUUGAUGAAUGCAAUGACAAACCUCCAUCUUUCUACACAUACUCAACAGUGGUUAAGCUUGCCAUGGAGUUAACAGCUUUCCUUCAAAAGCACUGUGAUCAGCGAGGGAAAUGUGAAAUAGGCCUUUACUGCUAUCCAGGAAUCAACUUGCCCUCUUGGAUCUUAGGAAUCCUUCAGGUUCCAGCUGCCUAUUCUCCUAUUGAUCCAGAUGCACCACCGAUGCUAUCCACUCACUUCAUGAAGAAAAGUAAUCUUCAGUAUGUUCUUGUUGAGAAUGACAAAGUAAAUAAAUUCUGUGCGUCCUGUGUUGGUAGCUUUUACCACAAUUCUUCCACUAUAGAGCAUAUUGGUUUAACUCUCUUCCAAAUGAACUCCAGUGUCGCCGAUUUAAAUUUGCAAGUGGACAGUGUGAAAAGUGAAUGUGAACCCUCCACAGCCCUGGGUGGCUCACAGCCAGCACACACCGUUUGCCAAGAGCAAACCAAAGGGAAACCAUCAGGAGAAGCAUACGUGGAUGUUGGCCAGAAAUAUUCCUUAGCAUACGUCCUGCAUACAUCAGGAACUACAGGGAUCCCCAAAAUAGUCAGAGUGCCUCACAAAUGUAUAGUGCCAAAUAUCCAGCAUCUUAAAACCAUAUUUGAGAUCACAGAGGACGAUGUGCUGUUCCUGGCUUCCCCUCUGACAUUUGACCCGUCUGUGAUUGAGCUGUUCGUCGCUCUGACAAGCGGCGCCUCUGUUCUUGUAGUACCAAACGCUGUGAAGAUGAUGCCCGUGGAGCUGGCUGCGGCGCUGUUUCACCACCACCACGUGACAGUGCUGCAGGCGACACCAACACUUCUCAGAAAGUUUGGAGCUCACAUUAUUAAAUCAAUGGUGCUGUCUGCAAAUACUUCACUUCGUGUCUUAGCCCUUGGUGGUGAAGCAUUCCCUGGACUGAAUCUCUUGAAAAGUUGGAAGCACAAGGAGAACAAAACAAAUAUUUUCAAUCUGUAUGGUAUUACUGAAGUGUCAAGCUGGGCCACCUGCUACAAGAUUCCUGAAGAGGUUUUUAGUUCUGAUUUUAGAACUGAUUUUCCUGUACCUUUGGGAUCACCACUCCUUGGAACAAAAGUGGAAGUCAGAGAUACCAACGGUUCUGCAGUUCUGGAAGGCGAGGGACAAAUAUUUAUAGGUGGUGAAGAACGAAUCUGCUUUCUUGAUGAUGAAAUAACUGUACCCAUGGGCACAAUGAGAGAAACAGGGGAUUUUGGGAGAGUGCAGGAUGCAGAGUUGUUCUUCUUGGGACGGAAAGACAAUCAGAUUAAACGGCAUGGCAAACGCUUUAACAUGGAAUGUCUGCAGCAGGCUGCUGAAGACCUUUGUCACAUAGAAGCUUGUGCGGUGACCUGGUAUCAGGAGGAGAAACUUAUCCUGUUUGUUGUACCCAAAGGUGUUUUAGAAGAGAGAAAAACUCUUGAAGAACUCCGGAAACAUGUACCAGCUUAUGCAGUCCCUGAUGAGCUUGUACUGAUUAAAGCUUUGCCUGUGACAUCACAUGGCAAAGUUGAUAUAUCUGAACUGAACAAGAUAUACCAGAACCAUCUAAGCUCCAGAAGGCGUGACAGUAGACUGAGUGGCGCAGAGGAAUUGUGGGAAAGAUUGCAGUAUUUAUGGAAGUCUGUUCUGUGUCUCCCGGAUGAUUCCACUGGGAUUUCUAAAGAUGCAGUAUUUCUGUACAGCGGUGGAGACUCCCUACAGGGUCUACGAUUUCAUGAUGAAAUUGAGAUACUAGUGGGCAAAGCUGUGCCUGGACUCCUUGAAGUUAUUCUCAGCCGCUCAAUUGGAGAGGUUUAUACACAUAUUCUUAAAAUUCUGUUUCCAGAUGAAGACCAAUUAAUGAAUUAUGACAAUGUCGUGAAAAGAAAAUUAACUGGGAACAGUGGAGAGGAAUUCCACAGAAAAUAUAUUAAACUGAAAUCUGAAAGAAGUCUCGAGGUUGCUUCAGAGUUCAUUUCAUUUAUUGCACUAAGCAGAGGAAAUCAUUUUUUUUCUAUGAAUUUCACCAAGUCUUUUAUGCAACCCAGUAAUACAGUACAGGUGGGAGUGGAACUGCUACAGCAACCAUCCUUUCUGCAUUCAGCGUCUCCAAGAGUCACGAAAAGCCAUGUGCAAGGGUACGAAAUGGAGAAGGGAGCUGAGUUGUUGUUCCACGUGAGAUGGAAGUCCAACACAAGAAAAUGUGUUGAUGCAUCACCACUGGUGGCAGUACCAGCUAAGGAAGAAGCACCUGCUGCUGUGUACAUUGGCUCUCACUCACAUGCAAUGCAGGCGAUUGAUCUGGAGCUGGGGGAAGUAAAAUGGGAGAAGAACCUUGGAGAUCGUAUUGAAUCUUCUGCCUGCAUUUCUAGGUGUGGAAAUUUCAUCAUUGUGGGUUGUUACGAUGGCUUAGUCUACGUGCUUCAAAGAAGCAACGGAGAAAUACACUGGACUUUUGUCACAGAAGAUGCUGUGAAGAGCUCUCCAGUUGUAGACCCUUCCAGUGGACUGGUCUAUACAGGAUCGCAUGACCAACAUGUGUAUGCCUUGGAUAUUUAUAAAAAGGCAUGUGUAUGGAAGUUACACUGUGAAAGUGGAGCUGUGUUUUCAUCUCCUUGCUUAAGUUCUUUUCCACAUCAUCUUUAUGUUGCUACACUAGGAGGACUGUUAUUGGCUGUAAACCCAGUGACGGGGCAUAAGAUUUGGAAAAGCUUCCUGAGGAAACCACUCUUCUCCUCUCCUCACUGCAGUGAGAAGUACGUUUGUGUUGGGUGUGUGGAUGGAAACUUAUAUUGUUACUCUCAUUCUGGAGAAAAGGUUUGGCAGUUUUCCACUAGUGGACCAGUGUUUUCAUCGCCAUGCAUCUCAAGUUUAACUAAGGAAGAAAUAUUUUUUGGCUCCCAUGAUGGCUUUAUCUACUGUUGUAACAUGGAAGGUAAUUUACUGUGGAAAUUUGAAGCCACUUCAAGUGUAUAUGGAACACCGUUCAUUUUCCAAAGUGAUCACUUGAAGAACAAAAUUCUUUUGGCAGCAGUAUCUACAGAUGGCAAAGUGUGGAUCCUGAAUGCCAAGAAUGGGACAGCAGAAGGAGUCAGUAUGCUUCCAGGAGAGGUGUUUUCUUCUCCCGUAGUAUGGGGAACAAAGCUUGUUGUUGGCUGUAGAAAUGAUUAUGUCUAUUGCCUAGAUUUGUCUGUAACAGGAAAAAAAGAACAGAUAAGAUGUUAG